GUGAGGCCGUUGUUGGUGCCAAAACGCGACAAACCGAUAAGGGAUGUAUAUCCAGCGAAAAAUGAAUACGAUGCUGAUGACACCAGUAAUGCUAUUGAUGACCAGGAAGAGGAAAAUGAACAUCCACGUCUUUUGGUCGAUGCUUCAGAUAAGGAACAGAAACGGCAUUAUUCCUAUGGUGGCGCAUCGGCUCUCUCGCCAGCUUUGAUGUUAGCCGCCCUGCGUUCGAGCGAUGAACUGUUCCAGCGCAACUCGUUAAUACGAAAUCACAGUUUCGUAAGACUUCACUCGUCACCUCAAUGCUCCUCUUUCUCCACUGAACCACCCCAAAAGAAGCCCAAAAUACCCAUGCAAGAAUCUGUCAAUGGAGAUGCCAUUUGCCUGAAUGACCGUGAAAACAGCGAAGAACUGAAACAGGACAGUGAAGAUUUCCCGAUAUCGGACGAAACAACAACGGCAACAACAGCAACGACAACAGCAACAACCACCAGAUCUCGUAUUUGGGAAUUUAUUUCAAGUUUUCUAGGAACUCUCGGGAACAGCAAGUGA